UGAACACAUAAAUCUGUUGAAGCUGGCUGGUGUCAAUUGAAUUGGUUUAAUAAUGGAGGUUUGGUAUAGUCAAGCAACAGGACAAGAACCAACAAGUGUCAACAGUGAGAAAAAAGGUGUGAAAAAUGAUGCUGAGAAAUUAUACUCAGAAUUCUGGCAGUGGAGGUUACAGGAGAGUCCAGAAUUUGCAUCGAUGAUAGGAAAGCAUAUGUAUGAUGACAAACUAGACUCUUAUUCCCUAGAGGCAUUCCGUAAAAGAAAGAGUACUGCGGAACAAUUUCUUCAGAAAUCUCAAGAAUUGGUUUUAGAAAAUGGAACCUCAGAUUUGAAUAUGGAAAUGUUCAUUUCAGGGCUACAGACAUAUGUUGACGGUAUGGAAUUAUUAGGAUAUUUUUAUCCAAUUAAUCGCUUGGAAGGAGUUCAGCUGGAUUUCGAAGUUCUUGUUGAUUCCUAUAUGAGGUUCGAGUCUGUUGACGACUUUGCAAAAUUGAUUUCAAGAUACCGGGCUUUUCCAAAACAGGCAGGAGAAAUUAUAGAGCUAAUGAGAGAGGGAAUUCGGCAAGGGCGAACAAACCAUGCAGUCUCCAUGAAACAUGUUUUGGAACAAUUUGAUCUUCUUCAGAAACCUGCAGAAAUUUCACCUUUCUUCAAACCAUUUUUGUCUAUUCCGGCAACUGUGAUGCCCGUAGAACGAAAAAAUCUGAAGUCAGAAGCUAAGGAUGUUAUAGAAAAAGAAUUGUUACCAGCCUUUCAGGAACUUCGGAAUUUUAUAGAAAAGGAAUAUAUGGCAGCCACACGACCUAAUAUUGCUGUGUCCAGUCUUCCGAAUGGAGAAAAAUUCUAUCAAAAAUGUCUUCAAUUUCAUACUUCAACUCAUAUGACCCCUGAAGAGAUUCAUAACAUAGGACUUCAAGAAGUAGAGCGUAUUUCUGCUGAAAUAAAUGAGGUUAUAAAAAGUUUCGGGUCUGAUUUAUCCAAGCAAGAUUUCUUUGAAAAGCUAAGAACCGAUCCACAGUUUUACUUCGAAACAAAAGAAGAACUUCUGAAUGCAAUCAAAGACAUAAUCGAGAACCAGAUUAAGCCGAAGAUAUCGGACAUCUUCAAGAACAUUCCUCAAGUCAAGCUGGA